AUGCCAACCAUCUCCACCAUUGGGCUAGAGGAUUUACACAAAGAAUCAGUCCCAGAACAAGAGAUACACAUAAAUCGAUCAUCUCUCCGGUCUCAACCCCUUCACCACCGGCACGCGGCGGCAACGAAACUUCCUUCCUCGGAAUCCAGUCCAGUUAACGGUGCACGUGGUGGAGAAGACAACACUCUAUCGAUCCCAAGGAUAUAUAUGAUAUGA